AACAUCAGUAAAAUAUUUUGCUUUCUUUUUUAUCCUUCAAACAUGAAGAGAAAGUCCAGUUCAGGUCGUCAAAAGAUUCCUAUUGAGAAAAUACCAAAGAAAAGCCAUCUCCAAGUCACAUUCUCAAAGCGUCGCUCAGGUCUCUUCAAGAAAGCCAGUGAGCUAUGCACACUCUGUGGCGUGGAAAUAGCCAUCAUCGUCUUCUCUCCGGCCGACAAGGCCUUCUCCUUCGGCCACCCGGAGGUGGAAUCCAUCAUCGACCGCUAUCUCAGCCGGAACCCUCCGUCGGAAUCCGGCGCUCACCCCCUGGUCGAGGCUCACCGGAAUGCAAACGUCCGGGAGCUGAACAUGCAGCUGACACAGCUUCUGGGACAAGUGGAGACGGAGAGGAAGAAAGGAGAAGAGAUGGAGCAAGUGAGGAAGGCGAGGCAGAGACAGUUCUGGUGGGAAAACCCUAUUGAAGAACUAGGGUUUGAUGAGUUGCAGCAACUGGUGGUUGCAAUGGAGGAACUGAAGAAGAACUUGGGGAAGAUGGGGAGCAAGAUGUUGAUGGAGCAUAAUAGUUUGGCUACUGAGUCAUCAGUUAUGGGAAUGGGAGGAACAAAUGGUGGACUUGGACGUUAUAAUAAUGAUGUCUUUGAGUAUAAACAUGGUGCUAUGAACAAUAUUAGUGCUGCUUCGUCCAGUAAUAUUCUUCUUCCACAUCAUGCCUAUAACAAUCUCAAUUGUAGGCAUGGAUAUCUAUGA